AUGGCUGGUGUUGUAACCUUAACAUCCUGCGAUGAUCCUGAGGCGAGAAAUCUGAGCGCAAGAACCCAAGGUGCUAAGUAUUUAAUCGCAAUUAAAGGGCAGAAUCAGCUCUUUCACAGCCAACUUAGUCUUCAGCACUGCGUCAAGUUUCCAAAGAUGUCUCGCGAUAGCCGGCCAGGUGUUGGGCUAGCACAAUUCCUCCAGCAACAGUUCAAACGUUUCGGGAGUGAUGUUGCCAUUGAACAUGGUGCCUAUCGUGUCACUUUUACUGAAGUACACAAAAAAGCAUCCAUUUUGGCUGCUCAGCUUCGGAAGCACGAGGUCCGAAAAGAGGAGCCAAUAGUCAUCUUGGCGAACAGGGGAAUAGACCAUAUUAUUUCCCAAGUUGCUGUUGUAUAUGCAGGAUGCUCCUGUGUUCCUCUGGACGUUGACUUGCCCGACGAGCAUCUUCUGAAAUUUCUGACUGGUUGCUCAAUUGUCUUCACAGACCCGGCAAAUCAGACGCGACUCCCUACCCUGCACCAUGUCAUUGUCGAUCAUACUGGUAUAUCUAUGGAUAUCGGCCUUAAUCAGAUCGAGGUGUCGAAAAGUGGGAGAGAAUGUUGUUCGCAUAUAAUGUAUACCUCAGGAUCCACCGGAAAGCCAAAAGGUGUGCAGGUUUUGGCCGACAGCUUGAUCAACCUUGUUUUCAAUCACUUCGCACCUGUCAAAAGGGGCUCUCGAGUUGGUCAUGUAUGCAAUGUGGGGUUUGAUGUUUCAUUGUGGGAGAUCUGGUCAGUCCUCUUGGUUGGAGGCACUUCUGUUGUUUUUGAACGCCACGAGAUUCUGGAUCCUUUGAUCUUUGAGCGGCGAAUGAAGAGCGAUCGCAUCGAUGUUAUGUGGCAAACAACGUCCCUACUCGCUACCAUCGCACAUGUCUGUCCGAACAUAUAUUCCUGUGUGGACACGCUUCUCACCGGUGGCGAGGCAAUCAAUGUGCACACCAUCCGAACCAUCUUCGAGAACGGCCCGCCUCGACGUCUCCUGAAUGUUUAUGGACCGACAGAAACGACAAUAUUCACUACUUACCAUGAGAUCUGCCAAUAUGACGUGGACAGCGGUCAUAUACCAAUUGGAAAAGGAUUGCAAAAUUACGAUACCUGGGUGGUGGAUGAAAAUCUUCAACCCGUGCCGUGUGGGUCUAUCGGCGAGCUUCUGGUCGGUGGAAAGGGGGUAUCGCCUGGCUACUACAGACAGCCGGAAAAAACAUCACAGGUAUUCGUCUGUGCACCGCAUCUGCUUAAAAAUGGUCAGAUCAAGGAGACACGUCUCUAUCGCACCGGGGACCUAGUGCGAGAAACGGAUACGGGCGAUCUUUACUACCUUGGACGUCGGGACCAUGAGGUGAAAAUCCGUGGUCAGCGGGUUGACUUGGAAUCCGUUGAGGAAAGUCUCUUGGAGACGCAGCUACUCUCGUCUGCAGUUGCGCUGAGGGUUAUGCUAGAGGAGCCCGCGGGAGGCUCUAUCUUGGUUGCAUACGUGGUCCCCAUCACUCCUGAGAUUACGACCGACAUGAUCCGGGCGGCUUAUAUUGCUCUGGGGCCUCAGUUGAUGGUUCCUCGCCUGCAGCUUACCGAGAUAAUUCCACUCACACCAAGUGGUAAAGUCGAUCGGAAACGAUUAAUCAACGACUAUGUUCGGCACCUUCAGCCCCUGAGAAACGGCGCGAGUGAUAUCCAAACGAACGGAGACACUAGUCUAGAGGAAUAUCUGAAGCAUUGGUGGAGAGAGCUUCUGGGAUGUUCGUCUACCAAUUUCAAUGGCAGUGACAACUUCUUCUCGUUAGGUGGCACCUCAUUGCAAGCGGUUCUUCUGGCAUCGAGCAUCAAACAGUCGCUUGGUGUGCUAAUCCCCGUGGCCGCAUUAUUUGACAACCCCACGCUACAGGAGAUGUCGGAUUUGAUAACCCAGGCGAGAAACGGUGAGCCAUCACAACAUGAGAACCUAGCUAAAGCUAUGCCUUGGCUCGAUGACUGUAAGUUAGGCCAAGAACUCGAACUUUCGGGGACCUCGUAUCCAGACUGGACCAGCCGGAAAGAGGGGAAGGUGUUUCUGACAGGCGCCACCGGCUUUAUUGGCGCUUUCUUUCUCCUAGAUAUCCUUGCCCUGCCGAAUGUCCAGAAGGUAGCAUGCCUUGUGCGUGCUUCAGAUUCUGCUACUGCUCUCGUUCGCAUUCGCAAUAUCCUCGAGCGCUAUAAGUUGGUUCUGAGUCCCGAGGAGGAGGCUAAAAUCAUACCUGUGGCCGGUGACUUCGCCGUACCCAAGCUUGGUCUGGACGACAAAGAGUAUGAGCGGCUUUCCAUGUGGGCUAGUGUGGUCUUCCAUCUGGGGGCUCAUGUCAAUUUUGUACAGCCAUAUUCUAGUCAUCGUGCGGCAAAUACCCUUGGAACAGUGAGCAUGAUUCAAUUUGCGAAUUCUGGGCGACUGAAAGCACUCCAUUAUACCUCAACCAUCAGCGCGUAUGGACCAACUGGAAUGGUCACAGGAAGUACUGAAAUUCCCGAGAUCGAGAGGCCCGCAUCUCAUGUCGACGCCGUGCGCUACGAUACUGGGUACGCCCAGAGUCAGUUUGUGGCCGAGAGCAUCAUCUGGGAUGCAGUGGACAAGGGUUUCCCCAUUACAGUCUAUCGUUUGGGUUAUGUGCUAGGUCACAGCGAGACCGGAGCCAUGAAUUUGGAGGAUUUUAUCAGUCGCUUGAUGACCAGCAGUAUUCGGUCAGGCUGUUAUCCCUUGCUCCCCGGGCACCGCAAGGAUCUGGUACCGGUGGAUUUUGUCGUUUCCGCUCUUCUUCGUCUAUCAUCUCAUGCCGGUUAUGCAGGUCACGCAUUCAACCUGGUGCACCCAGAUCGUGAUUCCGCUAUGGACCUUCCUCUCAUAUUUGAGGCGAUUAACCAGCUGGCCGGCGAACGCCGACUGGUGGGGGUCCAAUACUCCCAGUGGUUAGAGAAUUUAGCCAAGGUUCCUGACUGCCCCCUCCUGUCGCUGAUGCCCAUGUUGGUGGAGAGGGUUUGGAGGGAGAUGAGUCGCUGGGAAAUGCAGCAAGACUUGCCCACAUUCUCUACUGAAAAUACGCGACAAGCACUUGCAACACUAGCCCCAGAGCUGUUACUUUGUCCAUCGACAUCAUCAGUCGUCGCAAGGUACUGUCCCGAAUGGAUUAUAGCUGCUGCAGCGUGA